AUGCUGCGGCACUUGCGCGCUCGCUCUCGCCUUCUCCUGAACUGUAGCGUGCGCUACACCUCGUACUGUUUCGAUGUCCGUCCACUAAAGCUCAGUGCUGUCGGUCAGCCAAGUCGGGUCCUUUUUGGAGCUAAAGUUGCUGCGACUCAACUGGGCGCCUUAAGUCGCGCGAGUGGGAUGCGGAAGGUGCUGCUCGUGCGCGACCGCGACGCUGCAGCCACUUCACGCGCCCGGUUCAUGGAGUUUUUGUUACUUCAAGCGGGUGUACCAAGUUUUCAGUACACGCUCGAGCGGGACUGUGCUACGUUAAAUGGAGUGGACCACGCAGCUGCCAUGGCACAGCGUGUGGGCGCUGAUAGUGUCGUGGCUUUCGGUGGUGGGAACACGAUGGACUUGGCUCGAGCGGUGGCAGUAAUUAUGGCCAAUGGCGGGCGAGCAGCAGAUUUCGUAGCUGCUGCGACUGUAGAAAGCGAGCAAGAGCAGCUUAUGUUGCAGCAAGGACAACUUCAGACGGCGCCACUGUUGCUUGUGCCGACAAUUGCAGGCAGUGGUGCAGAGGUGGCUACAAGUACUAUGUUGCUCGAAGAAGAUAGUGAAAUGAAGGUGCCUUUUGCAGCUGGAAGGGCGAUCGUGCCGGAGGCGGUGAUCAUUGAUCCCACAUUGAUGCUGACAGUACCGUUGCGAGCGACAUUACAAGGUGCAUUGACGGCAUUAGGGCAGUGCCUGGAAUCCUAUUUGCUGGGUGGAGCAGAUGAUGCCUUAACACUAAAGGGGCUAGAGUUACUGGCACGCGCUCUUGGUGCACCAAUUGAGCAAGGAUAUUUGGACGUCACGGACAUAGCGUUGCGUGAGCAGCUCGCGCUGGGUAGCGUAUAUUCAGGAAUUGCGACCAACUCGUCGGGAACAGGAGCAGCACAAGCGCUGGCAGUAUCUACAGGCGGUAUCUCGGAUCUGCCGCAUGCACAGGUUGUGACAGCUUUUCUGCCGUUUGUAUUCGACCGGUAUGCUGAGCUGGUCGACGAGAAUGCAGGUGAUCCAUUUUUUGACGAUCUACGCAAGAAGUUGGAGAUUGCGACGGACCGAUUGACGGCUGCAAGUGGUUUCCAGGGUAAUGACGUUGCUGCGUGGCUGCGCUACGUCAUUACGCGCUUUGAUCUGCCAACCACAUCUACACUAGAGCUGGAAGAGAGUUUGCUGGACGGCCUCACUGAUCGUGCAGCACAGUACCAGGAUGAUUCGAUGGAAGUAUGUUGCAGCGAUGGAAGUCAAGCUAUAAUGGAGAAAGACGACUUGCGCGCUAUUAUUGAUCGUGCGAUGCUGGUUGUGGAGCCAUAA